AAAUUUAACAAUCCAAGUGAAUACCUCCUUUCAAUCUGGGGCUAUUGUAGUUCGGAUUCUGCGCUUGAAUGUGUUCAAUCUCUCACAAUUGAAACCAACAAAAAAACGUAUGGACCAUUUGGCACAGAGAAGGGAAAAUAUUUCAAGUUUCCUUUAACAAGUGCCAAGAUUGUAGGAUUCCAUGGAAGGUCUGGUAUCUAUCUUGAUUGUUUUGGUGCACAUUUGGAGCCAAUUUCGGAUCCAAGUCAAUCCAUAUCUGUUGGGCCAUUUGGUGGCCAGCGUGGAGAUCAAUGGGAUGAUGGGAAGUAUAGUACAGUGAGGCAAUUGAUAAUUAGUUAUGGUUCAGUAAUUGACUCAGUUCAAAUUGAAUAUGAUGAUAAUGGGAAGUCAAAAAGGUCCGUGAAGCAUGGUAAAAGUGAAAGUGGCACAAAAAUAAAGGUCCAACUUGAUUACCCAAAUGAGUACCUCAUCUCAAUCUCAGGAUACCUUACUGAGGAUUCAAAUAAGGCAGUGAUUCGGUCACUUACAAUUCAAAGCAACAAAAAGAAGUAUGGGCCAUAUGGUGUGGAGAAGGGAAAGCAAUUUGCAACCCCACCAUCAACCAAAGGAAAGAUAGUUGGAUUUCAUGGAAGGUCUGGUCUCUAUCUCGAUUCGAUCGGAGCAUACUUUGAGCCAUUCCCAGAUACACACCAACCCAUGAUUCUUGGACCUGUUGGAGGCUACGGUGGAACUCAAUGGGACGAUGGCAUUUACACAACAGUGAGACAGAUUAUUAUAUAUGCCGGAGUAGUGGUUGAUUCCAUACAAAUUGAGUAUGAUAAGAAUGGACGGUCCAUAUUGUCUAACAAGCAUGGACAAAGCACUGGCGGAACCAAACGCACGGUUAAAUUUGACUACCCGAAUGAAUUUCUUGUUGCAAUCUCGGGCUACUACAGUUUGGAAUCUGCAUUUUUUGGUAUUCAAUCAAUCACAUUUCACAGCAAUCGAACAGCAUAUGGACCAUUUGGCACUGAAAGUGGGAAACAUUUCAUGUUUUCAACACCCUUAACUGGCAAAAUUGUUGGACUCUAUGGAAGGUCUGGUUAUUAUCUGGAUGCGAUUGGUGCAUAUUUCUUGUCCCCACCAUCCCUUGUAAGUGUCGGGCCAUUCGGUGGGCCUGGCGGAGAUGAAUGGGAUGAUGGUAAGUACAGUGGAGUGAAGCAGGUAAUAAUAUAUUCAGAUGGCUUAGUAUUUGUGUCCAUCCAAAUUGAAUAUGAUGACAAUGGAAAGUCCAAAUGGUCUGAGAAGCAUGGUAACCUUCAACGCGGUACCAAACACACGAUCACAGUAGACUACCCUGAUGAAUAUCUGCUUUCAAUUAGUGGGCAUUACAGUAUGAUAUAUAACCUUCUUGUUGUUCGGUCCCUUGAAAUUAAAAGCAACAAAAAAACAUAUGGACCAUUUGGUAACAGACAAGGACAGUCUUUCGAUUCUUCUUCUUCUCAAACCACUGGGAAGAUCGUCGGAUUCCACGGAAGGUCCGGAGACUUUGUUGAUGCCAUCGGAGUACAUGUUCAGCCAUUUGCUGGAGCAUCCAACAUUUGAGCUACCCACUUUAAUUAUAUAUUCUAUUUACUAGUUAAUUAUGUGAAAAUAAUAUAUGGAUGCUCUGUGUUGUCUCUGCUAAAGCUAGAGAGGCCAAUUCAAGUAGUGAAGCUAGACAACACAAACUUGUUUCCUACUGUGUGAAGUGUGAUUUUCAUGUUUCUGUGCGUGUGCUACGUACCUCCAUAUGUUUGGUUUGGUAUUGUAUCUUGUGAAAUUUUUUUUUUUUUUUUUUUUGAAUGGUAUCUUGUGAAAUAUUUCUACCUUGUAAUAAGAUACCAGAGGAACUACGUACAAUGUGGUAUGCUGUCUCUGGUUUUCCUUAUAAUAAAAGUCGGUGUAUUUUGUAUGAUAGAA